UCCUGAGCCAACUCUGAAACAUUUGUCCUUCAACGAAACAUCCUUUCCUAAGUCAGUUGGCAGCUGAGUUGUUCUGAGGAGACACCCCAGGAUGCCACCCAAGAAAGUACAAAUCCAGGUGGAGGAAAAAGAAGAUGAUACCGAGGAAAGUUCAAGUGAAGAGGAAGAUAAACUACCUCGAAGAGAGAGUUUGAGACCAAAGAGGAAACGGACCAGGGAUGUUAUCAAUGAAGAUGAUCCAGAACCUGAGCCAGAGGAUGAAGAAACAAGGAAAGCUAGAGAAAAAGAGAGAAGAAGGAGGCUGAGGAGAGGAGCGGAAGAAGAAGAAGAAAUUGAUGAAGAGGAACUGGAAAGAUUGAAAGCAGAGUUAGAUGAGAAUAGACAAAUGAUUGCCACUGUCAAAUGCAAGCCUUGGAAAAUGGAGAAGAAAAUUGAAGUUCUCAAAGAAGCUAAAAAGUUUGUGAGUGAAAAUGAAGGAGCUCUUGGUAAAGGAAAAGGAAAACGGUGGUUUGCAUUUAAGAUGAUGAUGGCUAAGAAAUGGGCAAAAUUUCUUCGUGAUUUUGAGAACUUCAAAGCUGCUUGUGUACCAUGGGAAAAUAAAAUCAAGGCAAUUGAAAGUCAGUUUGGUUCAUCAGUGGCCUCAUACUUCCUCUUCUUGAGAUGGAUGUAUGGAGUAAACAUGGUUCUCUUUAUCCUGACAUUCAGUCUCAUCAUGUUGCCAGAGUACCUCUGGGGUUUACCAUAUGGCAGUUUACCUAGGAAAACCGUUCCCAGAGCCGAAGAAGCAUCUGCAGCAAAUUUUGGUGUGUUGUACGACUUCAAUGGUUUGGCGCAAUAUUCCGUCUUGUUUUAUGGCUAUUACGACAACAAACGAACAAUCGGAUGGCUGAAUUUCCGACUGCCACUCUCCUAUUUUCUGGUGGGGAUCAUGUGCAUUGGAUACAGCUUUCUUGUUGUCCUUAAAGCGAUGACCAAAAAUAUUGGGGAUGAUGGAGGUGGUGAUGACAAUACUUUCAACUUCAGCUGGAAAGUUUUCUGCAGCUGGGACUAUUUAAUUGGUAAUCCUGAAACAGCAGACAACAAAUUUAAUUCUAUCACAAUGAAUUUUAAGGAAGCUAUUAUCGAAGAAAGAGCGGCUCAGGUUGAAGAAAACGUACAUUUGAUUAGAUUCCUGAGAUUUCUUGCUAACUUCUUCGUGUUUCUAACCCUUGGCGGCAGUGGAUACCUCAUCUUUUGGGCUGUGAAGCGAUCUCAGGAAUUCGCUCAGAUGGAUCCUGACUCCCUUGGGUGGUGGGAAAAAAAUGAAAUGAACAUGGUAAUGUCCCUCCUGGGGAUGUUCUGUCCAACACUGUUUGAUUUAUUUGCUGAAUUGGAAGACUACCAUCCCCUCAUUGCUCUGAAAUGGCUACUGGGACGCAUUUUUGCUCUUCUUUUAGGCAACCUGUAUGUAUUUAUUCUUGCUCUGAUGGAUGAGAUUAACAACAAGAUUGAAGAGGAGAAGCUAGUCAAAGCCAAUAUUACCUUAUGGGAAGCCAAUAUGAUUAAAGCCUACAACGCAUCCCUCACUGGAAAUACUACUGGGCCACCCUUUUUUGUGCAUCCUGCAGAUGUACCUCGAGGGCCGUGCUGGGAAACAAUGGUGGGGCAGGAAUUCGUGCGACUGACUGUUUCUGAUGUCCUGACCACCUAUGUCACAAUUCUCAUUGGGGACUUUCUUCGAGCAUGUUUCGUAAGGUUCUGCAAUUACUGCUGGUGCUGGGACCUGGAAUAUGGAUAUCCUUCAUACACAGAAUUUGACAUCAGUGGCAAUGUUCUGGCUCUGAUCUUCAACCAAGGCAUGAUCUGGAUGGGCUCCUUCUUUGCUCCCAGCCUCCCAGGAAUCAACAUCCUUCGACUCCACACAUCCAUGUAUUUCCAAUGCUGGGCUGUUAUGUGUUGCAAUGUCCCUGAGGCCAGAGUCUUCAAAGCUUCCAGAUCGAACAAUUUCUACUUGGGCAUGCUCUUGCUCAUUCUCUUUCUGUCCACCAUGCCCGUGUUGUACAUGAUUGUUUCCCUCCCUCCAUCAUUUGAUUGUGGUCCCUUCAGUGGCAAAAAUAGGAUGUUUGAAGUGAUUGGAGAAACACUGGAACAUGAUUUCCCAAGCUGGAUGGCAAAAAUCUUGAGACAGCUUUCUAACCCCGGACUGGUCAUUGCUGUCAUUUUGGUUAUGGUCUUGACCAUCUAUUAUCUCAAUGCUACUGCAAAAGGGCAAAAGGCAGCAAAUUUGGAUCUGAAAAAGAAGAUGAAGCAGCAAGCUUUGGAGAACAAAAUGCGGAACAAGAAAAUGGCAGCUGCAAGAGCAGCUGCAGCUGCUGGUGGCCAGUAA